AUGAAGCUUAAGAAUAAAAAACCAGCUACGCCGGUAGCUGAACAUUCAGAUUCCGAAGAAGAAUUGGACCCUGAGGCACAUAAAAAAUCGUUACAAAAAUUGAAAAAGAUCGAUCCAGACUUUUACAAUUUCCUAGAAGAGAACGAUGAAAAUUUAUUGAACUUCGAGGAUGAUUCUGACGAAAAUUCUGACAAAGAAAAUGACGAUGAAGACUCAGUGCAUGUUCCUGGUCCUAUCACGGGCGACAGCGAUGAAAGUGAUUUUGAGGAUGAAAAUGCUAAAUCUGUUAGUGGGAGAGUCACACUUAAAAUGGUGUCUCAGUGGCAGACAGAACUGCAAAGUGAAGGUAAAAUGAAAAUAACAGUUCUCAGCCAAGUUAUUAAGGCCUUUAAUGCUGCCAUGCUGAGAGCCACUAGUGAAGACGGGGAAUCAAAAGGGGAAUUAAAAGUUGAAGGUUCAUCAGUGUUCAAUGCAGUAAUACAAAUGUGUGUAUUAUAUUUACCCAAUGCCAUAAAGAGAUACUUGGGUAUGGAACAGAGCGGCAAAGAUCCACAGAAAUGCAAACAUUUCGUGAAAUUGAAAGGUCCUCUAGUUGCAUAUUUGAAGGACUUAUUAAAAUUAUUGAGCAAUGUUUCAUCAGAGAACAUUCUUACUGUUCUUUUAAAACAUUUGCAUCAACUGUCAGUGUAUGUUGCCUGUUUCAACAGCAUCUCCAAACAGGCUCUUAAAAAAUUAAUACCUCUAUGGAGCAGUAGCGAAGAAACUGUGAGAGUGUUAUCUUUUUUGUGUAUAUUGAGGAUAACAAGGAACCAACAAUCAUCCCUACUAGAUCUCGUUCUAAAGGCCAUGUAUAUGACAUAUGUGAAAAACUGCAAAUUCGUCAGCCCUACUACAUGGCCCGGAAUAAACUUUAUGAGACGAUCCCUCGUCGAGAUGUUCUCUUUAGACCUUAAUGUGUCUUACCAACAUGUAUUUUUAUACAUCCGACAGCUAGCAAUACAUUUACGAAAUGCUAUUGUUGUACAAAAAAUUGAAAACAGACAAGCUGUAUACAAUUGGCAGUUUGUGAAUUCUCUUCAUCUAUGGGCUGAUUUGAUAUCGGCAACUUCAAAUAAGCCACAACUACAGCCACUGCUUUACCCUUUGGUUAUGGUGAUAACAAAUACCAUAAAAUUGGUACCAACACACCAAUAUUAUCCAUUAAGAUUCCACUGUGUUGAGAUAUUAAUUAGUCUUUCAAAGGAAACUGAUACCUUUAUACCAAUUCUUCCAUUCAUUGUUGAGGUUUUAACAGCAUAUGAUUUUAAUAAGAAAAACAAGAAAGUGUCAAUGAAGCCAUUAGACUUUUCGUGUAUAUUAAGAUUAGCAAAAUCGCAGCUUAUGGAAAAUGGUUUCAAAGAUUCCGUCAUUGAUAGACUGUAUGCCCUGCUAUUGGAGUAUACAGCUAAUAUUUCAAAUAGCAUUGCCUUUCCAGAUAUCAGUCUGCUUGCAAUAAUACAGAUGAAGCAAUUUUUGAAAACAUGCUCCGUCGCGAAUUAUACGAAAAGGAUAAGACAGCUUUUGGAAAAGAUAGAAGAGAACUCUAGGUUCAUUGAACGUGAACGAGGUCAAAUAACAUUCGGUUUGAACGAAAUAAAAAUGGUAUCGGCUUGGGAGUCUAGAAUAAAAGCUAAAGGCACACCACUGAUGACGUUCUACGAGAGUUGGAAUAAGGUUAAUAGAAUACAGAAAAGAAAGAAGAUCACCAAUAAUGAUGAAAUUGCCGGCGACUUACCAAUGAUUAAGAGACCUAAGAUUCCUGAAACAGAAGAAAAAGUUGCUAAGCCUGAAAAUGCAGGACCAAUGGUUCUAUUUCCAUCUGACAGUGAAGAUGGAAAUGUUGAUUUCAAAGUGGAUGGAGAAGAAGAGAAUUUAAGCAAACCGAAGAAGAAAAAGCUUAGAAAGAAAAAGAAUAAAACACAGAAGCAAGAGAAGAAUCUACCAGAAGUAGAAGUACCGGACAAUGGUGAUGUUGUUCAAGAUUUCAAUGUCAGUGACUGGUGA